AUGUCUGAAUCAAAAGUGAAUAUGUCGCUCGAUGAAGUCAUCAAAUUUAACAGAAAAGAGAGGCAAGCAUCUCGUGGUAGAGGAACGAGAGGCGCGGGAAUGAGAAGGGGCAAAGUGUUUCAUGGCGCACGAGGUGGUCGUGGAAAUGUUGGGAUGACUCGUGGAAUUCCUUCUCGAGGUGUUGCUCCGCGUGGAGCUUUCAAUCGUCAGCGACGUUCAGCUCCUACAGGCCGUGCUGGCAGUCGAAUGAACCUUAACUCAAUCCGGGGAAAUAUCAACGCCGGAGCACCACAAAAUCGAAUGUUGAACCUUAUGGUUAAGAGAGCCGUGAAGAGAGCUUUGGCAACGACAAGUCGUCCACGUCAAGGCGCAUUGAACGGUGGAGGAAUUUUGGCUCGUCGAGGAUUAGUGCGUAAAGCGGUUGGUGGUGGAAUUCUUCGCCGCGUCGGUGGACGGGGAGCUUUCGUUGGCGCUGCUGGACUCAACCGUGUUCAAGCACAAUCGCGUGUCAUUCAGCGAAGAGUCGCUCCACAACAUCUCAUUGUUCAAAGAUCUCCGAUGGUUGCUCGUCGCUUUCAGAGAAUCGCCAGCCCAGAUGUGAUGAACCGUCCGAUGGUGGUCCGUCAGCAAACAUUCCCAGCUCGUGCUCGCCCACAAGCACAAACAGUGGUCGUCCGUCGAAUCGUUCAAGCUCCACCCCAACGAGUGCAGAGGACGAUUGUUCAACGGACGAUUUCUCGUCAGCCUCAACGUCAACAAAUUGUUGAAAGAGUGAUCCCGCGAGUUCGCCAACAGCAAGUCAUUCGUAGACCCGUGCAGCAACAGGUUGUCAGAGUGCAACGAGUCAUCCAGCGCCCCCAACAACAGAUCCAAUACGUGCAACAGCGCCAACGUGGAGGAAAUCGUGGAGGAGUUCGCCGUUUACAGAACAGAGUUCAAAUGGAAAGAGUGAAUCCCCGUUUCGAGUAUGAAAACUCUCCGCGGAUCAUCGUUCGUCAUAGACGCGGUUUCCAGAACUAU